CCGCCGACGCCUGGGCGGGGGUUGGGCCAGAGACUACAAGUUCCAGGGGGCGCUCGCGGGGCCUUCGCGAGGCGGCGGGUAUGAAAGAGGAAUCCGCCCGGUGUAUGGUCUCCCUGUCAGCUCCCCAGCAUGACCCUGCAGUGUCUCAUGCUCUUGGCUGGCCUCCUGAUAGGAGGAGGCAUGAGCAAGUCCACAGAAAGCAAGGCCCAGCGACCCGAGUGUUGUAUGGACGUGGUAGACUUCAAUGCUACUUGCCCGGGCACAGGCCUAUGUGGCCCAGGUUGCUACAGGCACUGGAAUGCAGAUGGGAGUGCUAGCUGUGUCCGCUGCUGGAACGGGACCCUCCCGAAAUACAAUGGCUCUGAGUGCAGAAUUCUUACUGGCCGGGGCAUGCAGUUUCCUAUGAACAGAAGCUCAGGGAUACCUGGACAGCCACAUUUUGGGGGUCCUCAUGUGGCAGCCUCCCUCUUCCUGGGGACACUCUUCAUCAGCACAGGCCUCAUCCUCUCUGUGGCUGGGUUCUUCUACCUCAAGCGCUCCAGUAAACUUCCUGAGGUUUUCUACAGGAGAGACAGAGCUCCUGUCCUGCAGCCUGGUGAAACAGCUGCCAUGGUCCCCCUGCCACAGUCUUCAGUGAGGAAGCCAAGAUACAUCAGGCGUGAGCAGCACCCAGACAAGAACAGGGAUCCUUCUGCCUUCUCCACAGUGGAGGCCCACAUCAGCAACGUCUGACCCAGAGGUCAACUGAGACUUCACAGCACAGCAUUGGAGACCCAAGGUUCCCCUCCAGUGAACUCAACACACAAAGGGCCUGGGGCUUAAGAUAGGCCAGUGUCGGCUCCCAGAGACAGAUACGUACAGUUGCUAGGGAGAGCUAACCUCUAUGUAAUGAGAUCUUCUGUCCCACCCUUACUAUGUGGUUUAACAGGAGUAACCAUCUGUGAGAAGUGAGGACUCAAGAACAAGUCAUAGAGAGUCUGGGCAAAGUUCCAGCAUCUGUAACAGCUUCAACACAGGCCUGAUCCAAAUGGUCAAAACAUCUGGAGGCCACCCAGUGGAGCCCAUGUUAGACAGUACUCUCUUCAUCACCAUCAAGCUAAAAAGAAUGAAACCAAGGUCCAGAGAGUGGAGAAAACAACCUGGAAACUGGUACCAGAGAUAGGUUGCUCCAGCGUUGGCCUGAUAAUUUAUCUGCUAACCUCUAAGGCAUACAUUUCUUUUUUUUUUUUUUUUUUUUUUUUUUUUUGGUUUUUCGAGACAGGGUUUCUCUGUGGCUUUGGAGCCUGUCCUGGAACUAGCUCUGUAGACCAGGCUCUGGUCUCGAACUCACAGAGAUCCGCCUGCCUCUGCCUCCCGAGUGCUGGGAUUAAAGGCGUAAGGCAUACGUUUCUGAGAGUUGCAGAAUUGAAUGUCCUAGGUUUCCUGAUUCUAGGGACAAGCAGAACCUAGUCUCCCAGGGACAGAAUCUAAACCUUUCAGGCAGGAUACUCAAAAUGUUUACCCAUGAGGCCCCCAUAUCUGGACACCUGCAGGUCAUUUGUGUUGCUGGGCUUGUUGAGAGCAUGCUGACCAGCGGUCCUGUCUUUGCUCCUGUGGCUGGUAGCAUUAGCCAUAUGCUCCUGUGGAAGAAGGUGCCCUGUUAACCAAUGCCACCUCCCUCUAUGGCCCAAGGGUGUCUAACAUCUUCACCAUCUGGCCCACAUCUGAUCUUAUUAACAGGGAUGUGAGCUUACUUCCCCAGACUUGAACCAGUGGCUAAGGUAGCAGCAGUGAUUUAAAGUUGGACCAAUUAAACGAGACUAGAUAUUCUCUCCUCUGGCCUCACUAUCCAGGGGUCAUCUAUUCAAUGUGUGUGGGACACCUGCCCCAUUGCCAUAUUCAGGGGACAGAACCAGGAAGGCAGAACCCCUUCAGCAGGGUCCAGGACCUGCCACCUGUUACCUGGUGGGCCUGGCAAUAUGGCAGUCCAUCCCCACAUGUGGCCUUGGCCUGUUCUACAUGUUCGGGACACUGUCUUGUAUGAAGUGACUACCCCGCUCCUUAGGACUUGAGAUAGAAGGUGCCAAUUGAUGGCCCUUCAGAGAGAACUACAGAUGCAGCUGGAUGUGGUGGCAAACACCAUUAAUCCUAGCACUUGGGAGGAAGAGGCAAGAGAAUUUCUGAGUUCAAGGCCAACCCUAUCUACAAAGCAAGUUCCAGGAUAAUCAAGGUUAUAUAGAGAAACCCUGUCUCAAAACAAACAAAAAUCCAGGAAAAAAAAAAGACUACAGAUACAUCACUAGGCUUUGUGGGGGGCACCCUUUGGGAAAGUAGGACUCUAUGCCGGCCACCUGAGUCCAGCUCAGUGGUUCCACUCAAAGCCCUUGCGUAGACAUGGAAAUGUCUGUCUGCUGACUAGUGGAGGAACUAAAGAGUGCAGAAUGAGACCAUAGGAUCUAGACAUCCUGCCUUUGGUUGUUUGAAUAAGAAUGCCUCCCAUGGACUUAAAUACUUAAAUGCUUAGUCUUUAGGGAGAGGCACUACUUGAGAGGGAUUAGGAAGUGUGAGUUUGCUGGAGGAGGUGUGUCACUGGAGGUGGGCUUUGGGUUUCAAAAGCUCUACAGGCCCUGUGACUUUCUCUUCCUGCUGCUGCCUGUGGACCUGGAUGUAGAACUCUCAACUUCUCCAGCACCAUGUCUGUCUAUGCGUUGCCACGCUGAUAAUGGGCUAAACCUUUGAAACAGAAGUCCUAAUUAAAUACUUUCCUUUAUAAGA